AUGCGCAGCACUCCAUCGAAAGCGCUGGAUGCAAUUCUUCACCUGCUGCCUCUGCAUGAAUUUGUGCAGUUAGAAGCGGAAAGGAGCGCCUUGCGGCUCAAACGUCUUAAAGAGAUCUUACCUGGUGAUCUGGUUGGUCAUCUGAGUAUUUUGCAACACUUCAAAAGAGGGCCUUUGUUGAGUAUGUGCGGAGACUGGAUGAAACCUUUGGACAACUACGACAUUCCCUACAAGGUGCGUGAAAUAUCGCGCUCCGACUGGGAGUGCGGAGUUAAUAUGGUCCGUCAGGGGUCAACGAUAUUCUUCACGGACGGCUCAAAAAUCGGUUCGAAAACUGGAGUGGGAAUCUUCGGUCCUGGUGUACAGAUAUCAGUGGCAAUGGGCAACUGGCCUACUGUAUUCCAAGCGGAGAUUCACGCUAUAAUCGAAUCAACUCAAGCGGCACUAAAGGCUCUUUGUGCUCACAAGUGUACGUCAAAAAUAGUGUGGGAGUGCGUUCUCUCACUGCGGAGGCUGUGUCGUAUGAACUCUGUCAAUUUGUACUGGGUUCCCGGGCACAGCGGUAUAGACGGCAAUGAAAAAGCAGACGAACUGGCCAAACAGGGCUCCAACUCGCAAUUAGUUGGUCCGGAACCCUUUUGCGUUAUCUCAAAUUGCACUAUAAAAAUGGAACUUAAAUACUGGGAAGAGCAACGGGUGACAGCCAACUGGAGGGCUGUCAGAGGGUGUCACCAGUCGAAAAGGGUAAUUACGCCAAACGGAAAAAUUACUAAAAAGCUCCUAGAGCUCAACAAGUGGGCUCUUUCUACCUACACAGGACUAAUAACUGGGCACUGCCCGAGUAAGUAUCAUUUAAAGAACAUUGUUCGAGUUCAGGAUGACACUUGUCGCUUCUGUAAUAUGGAAAGCGAAACCUCGGAACAUCUACUAUGCAGCUGCGGUGCAUUAUACAUGAGCAGAAUCAAAUUUCUUAGCAAGGGCUGCUUGCAACCGGGUGAGAUCUGGUCUGCCAAUCCUGGUAAAGUAGUUGGCUUUAUUAAGCACAUUCUACCUGACUGGGAGCGCGCCGAGGUAACCGGCCAUUCACUCGGGUGUCUGGUUUUCUACAUGGUACGUAAUGGGGAUAUACUGUAA